UAUGACAUCAGUAAAUGAAAAAGUAUUAAAUUGGAUUCAAAAUCCUACCAAACAAGUCUCUACGAUUACUAGGAAUCAGCUGCUAGGCGUGCAUCGAUAUAAGAAAACUUUCCGUGAUUGUCACGUUUAUAUCGUAUGUGCUGUGAUAUUCAAUGAAGAAGGAGAAGUUUUAUUAAUACAGGAAGCUAAAAAGUCUUGCUAUGGUAAGUGGUAUUUGCCGGCUGGAAGAGUUGAAAAGAACGAAAAUCUGGAGGAAGCUAUUCGAAGAGAAUGCAAAGAAGAGGCAGGAAUAGAUUUCCAACCAACAGCCAUUGUUAGAGUGGAUUCUGAUGGUAGUUGGUUUCGUUUUACGUUUGUAGGAGAAAUCAUUGGAGGCCAAUUAAAAUCACUUGAAGAAAAGGAUAACGAAUCAUUGCAAGCUAAAUUCAUCAAACAAUCUCAACUCAAUAAUCAAUACAUUUUAAGGGUCAACGAAAAAGUUCACGCCUUAGUGUUAAAGAAUAGCAAUGAUUUUCCAAUCAUUACAUUCAGCGGUGAUACAAUACUCAGUUUAUGUGGAAUUUCUCCUUGCAAUGUCAGAUUAAAUUCCAUCGGUGUUGUUAGUAUAGAAUUUAGCAGAGAACAACCUAACAAGGACCAUGGAUUAUGCAUAACGAUGCUAUAUCAAAUAGAAAAUACGGAAAAUUGUGAUAAUGAAAUAAAUGUAAAAAAAGAGUUAAAAUGGCAGGUUCUCUCUGAAAAUGUUUCUCAAAAAUUGAUGCAAUACACAAAAUCUCAAGUACAUGGAGUAUAUGAAAAACUUGGCUAA